AUGACCAUGAAGACUGUAGUUGUCGGGGCUGGCCCAGUCGGGGCCCUCGCUGCCGUUUACGCUGCCGUUCGAGGACAUGACGUGGAAAUUUACGAACUGCGACCAGACAUUCGAGACGCCUCAACAACUCCACUGAACACCAAAUCUAUCAAUCUGGCUCUGUCUGAGCGUGGCAUCAACUCACUGCGGCAGACUGGUCUGUCAGAUCUUGCAGAUGCUGUGCUCGCAAACACGGUGCCCAUGCACGGUCGUAUGAUUCAUGUUAAGAAACAUGGAAAGUACGUGCGUGAGGCACAGCAGUAUGAUGCGCAUGGUCGUGACCUUUUAGCUAUGGAUCGGACAGAGUUGAACAGAGCUCUGAUCGCUCACUUGGACGCAAUGCCUAAUGUCAAGUUCUUCUUCAAGCACAAGCUGAUUGGCGUGGACUUCAAAAAGAAGUCAGCUUGGUUCGAGAACCGCUCGGAGAAGAAGGACCUACUCACACAAGGACCGGAAUUCAAGCUGACCUUUGACCUCCUUAUCGGUGCUGAUGGUGCUCAUUCUGCGGUACGGAACCAUCUUAUGAAGUUUGUUCCCAUGGCCUACCAGCAAGAGUACAUCGACAAGCUUUGGUGUCAAUUCGGUGUCCCAGCAACAUCCGAUGGAGACUUCCGUAUACCGCCAAACUACCUCCACAUUUGGCCUGCGGACGAGUCCAUGUUCAUUGCCAUUCCAAACACCGACAAGACCUUUACCUCAACACUUUUCAUGACCAAAGAACGCUUCGAUGAUUUGGGAGAAUCAGGAAAGGUCAUUGAGUACUUCAGCAAAAAUUUCCCCGCCGUGGUACCCGACCUCAUCACAGAGGAUGAUUUGAAAAAGCAAUUCAAAGACAAUGAGCACCUGCCUUUGAUCUCCAUCAAAUGUACUCCAUACCACUAUCAGGACUCCGGUGUCAUUGUCGGGGACGCUGCACAUGCCAUGGUACCCUUCUACGGACAAGGAAUGAAUGCUGGCCUCGAAGACGUCCGUGUACUCUUCGAAAUCCUCGAUAAACACCCCAACGACCGCACAAAAGCGCUAGAGGAGUACACAAAAGAGCGCACACCAGAUGCGCAAACCAUCAAUGAUCUUGCGCUUGGCAACUACCGCGAGAUGGCAUCAGAUGUCACAAAACCUCUGUACCUACUCCGCAAGUGGGUUGAAGAGACGCUAUAUGUCCAUCUACCUGCCUUGGGCUGGGCCACCCAGUAUUCGCGAGUCACGUUCAGCAAUAUGAGAUACUCGGAGGUCUACGAGGCAUCGCAGAAGCAAGCAAGGAUACUGAACGUCGCUGUCGGGCUUGGACUAGCCACAGUAUUUGGGUCCACUCUCUUGUUUGCCGGUAGCGGAGGAUUGCAAAAGGCAAAGAUGGGACUGUUGCGAGGCAUAUGUCUGGCUGCCCAAGGCGCACAGCGGGUGAUUCAAGGCUGA